AUGCAGGUGAAGGAAGGGGACAACGAAGAAGAGGGGAAAAAGGAAGAGGAGGACACGGAAAUGCACGCCAUGAUGAAGGCUGCGACCAAUGGGGAUGAGGAUGACAACAAGGAUGAGGAGGAGCACAAAGAAAAGAAGUCAGAGGAAUCAAAGGGCGACAAAUUGGAGCCACAGCAGCAGCAACAGUCACAACAGCACGUGUCCGGUGGAGUGUUGCAGCUUGAGGGCCACGACAAUGUCGCGGACACCAGCACUGACGAUGUCACGCCAACGUCAAGCGCAGGAACACGGGGCAGCUGGAGACGCGCAAGUCACGCGAUGCAGUCAUGUUGUGUCCUCAUGUGA